AUGGCUACACCUUCAAACACUGGAGCUGAUCCAGCUUCAGCAUCUUUCGAAAUUCGAGAUCAUUCAAAAUCAGUCAAUCCCAAAUCCGAUAUCAUUGAAGAAAAUCAUAACUCCCCAGCUCCCACUUCCACUACAGACGGGGACAACGAUAAUUCACAAAAAGAUGAUGCUGCUACUAUGGCUGCCAGUGAAGAAUUAAAGCAUACAAGUAUUUCAGACAAGCUUCCUUUGCCUACAGAAACUCCUUCGCAGAUACCAGAAACAGGAGCUCAAACAGAAGAUAAGAAUAUGUCCGGUACAGACAAAGACAUCACGCCCGAAGCUGAACCGAUUGAUGCGCAAGAUGAGGAAAUGAGAGAUAGAGUUUCUUCGCCCAAAAAGAAGCGUGGCAGAGAUCAAGAUGAUGAUACAACUCAGGUGGAAGACGACAGUGGGAGAAAUAAUGAUAUUACAAGUGAAGGAAGUUUAAAUGGUAGUCGAACGAUGAGAUCAGGUCCAGAGAAGAAGAGACCUAGAGAUACUUCACAAGAACCAUCCAGAAUAUCAGAUAAAGUUUUAGCAAAGGAGAGAAGCCAGAACGAGGCAUCGAAGGCUACCGAAACAUCAACAUCAUCCACCGAGAAUCCUAUCAAGUCAACAUUUGGAAGUGCAUCUGGUGAUAAAUUUGCAAGCUCAGGAUUUGGUGCUUUAGCAUCCGCUAGUACUUCUCCAUUUGGCACAGUCGGCGCAUCUAAAACUAGCGUUUUUGGCUCGGGGGCAAAAUCACCACUUUCAGGAUUCGGAUCUUUUGCCUCUGCCAAACCAGCGAGCUCAACAACACCUACAUCUUCAAUUCCAAGCUCCUCGGCAGAAAAAUCUACAUCUGGGUUUGGAAGCGCAUUCGGUGGUGGUGCCACAUCAGGUUUUGGCGGAUUGGCAUCAGGGAGUGUAUUUGGCAGUGGAUUAAAAAAUGGAUUUGCUGGUGGAUCUGGACCAAAGCUUUCGAGCUUUGCAGCUCCUGGCAAAGACAGUGCUGGAUUAGGCAGCAAGCCAGCCAAACCUUUUGGUGCUCCAGCUAGUGAUGCGGAGGAUUCUGACGAUGACGAAGACGAUAGUGAUGAUGGUGCUGAGGGCGAUGAAGAAGAGGGAGGGGAAAAAGCAGUUAUUGAGGAAAAGAAGAAGACAAAGAAAGUCCACAUUGACGACGGAGAGGCCGACGAAGCAACCAUAUUACAAAUUCGAGCCAAAUUAUUCGCAAUGGGAUCCAAGGAGCUAGGUUGGAAGGAAAGAGGCGUUGGUACUCUGAAAAUUAAUGCACCCAAAUCAUGCGUCGAUUUCGACGAGAGUGGCCACGCAAUUCCCGGUAGUUUCGAUUCAUCAAUGCUAGAAGGAAAUAGUGUACGAUUGGUCAUGCGUCAAGAAAAUACCCACAGAGUUAUUCUGAAUACUGUAGUACUGAAAGCUAUGGAAUUUAAACCUAAACCAUCAACUACUUCGGCACAGGUUUUAUUCACAGCUUUUGAAGGAGAAACAGAAGCCAAACCUGUUAAUAUGAUUCUCAAGAUGAACGAAAAUAAUUACAAAUUAUUUACAAACGAAAUCGAAAACAUCCAACACGAGCUAUGAGCUCGAGACAUUAUACCACAAUGAACCAACCGAUACCCAACACACCUUCGAUCGAAUGCCAGAUCUUUUUCUGCAGAAUAAUGGGGAUGAAUAUUCUGGGGGGUGUCAUUUCCUAUCCUGCAUACCCAGGUUAUGCUUUCCGGCCGAAUCGGUCGAUUUGUUUUGGAGGAGAACUUUUAGAAUAAAGCAAAUAUGGAUGGAUGGAGGCGUGGGUGCGAUACGAUAAGAAUCAUAGGGUAGUCAUAAUUCUACACCAUCGUUGUCUUCACACUCAUUUUUGAGAGGGUGGAGUGGAGUAAUAAUAUACCUGGCAUUGCCUAUUUUUUUUUAUCUAAUGGGGUUUUUUUCCUUUCAAAUUUUCGAAUCUUUUUUGUGAGUGAUGAUGAGGUCUUUAUGGGCGAUGCCUGUCUUGCGACGCUUGGAGUUUAUCUGGUUGAUGAGGAUUGCAUAGCGAAUGGGGGUGGGUGAUCUUGAGGGUUUUGGCGGGAGAGGAGGGAGGCAGGGAAAAUUUGGGGUGGAUGGACUUGUGUUUUGGAAGGGGAAGGUAUGAACGGAAGAAUGGAAGGAUUGGAGGAUUGGACCUUCUUUUUAAUUAGGUUGGGUAGGUAUGUUGAUAUGAGAAUAUAAUGGAUUGAUGUGUUCGUAUGUGAUUAUAAUAGAUUGCGAUGGAUUGUGUGUGUGAGAUGGAUGGAUAGAGGGAUGGACCCUGUGGGAAGGUACGAGAUGAAGUCGAGUAGUAGGCAUAUAUUUGUUGCCAGAGAUCUUUGG